GAGAAAGAGAGAGAGAGAGAGACCCAGGAGCGCUCAGUCCGUCCGUCAGCGCGCACUGCGAGACAAAAUAUGUUCCCGACCAGAGCGGCUCCUGAGCUCCAACACCUCACAUUACAAUUUCACUGCGACUGAUCCACACACAUCCACUCACACUCACACCAUCUGAGCCCGGUCCUCUUCAACUGCUCUCCUCCACGCGCUCUCUCUGAUUUUUGGUUUCACUCUUUGUAAAUAUUCCUGCGCUGGAUCUUUCGUGCCAGAAGAUGUGCGUGGAGAGCGAUGGAUGCGAGAUCGAGGGCUGCAGCAGUUCGGACGAGGUGCGCACGCUGUCGGGCAGCAUGAGCCCGGCGCUCAAGUCCAACCCGGACCUUCACCCCUGCAGACCCGACCACAAAUUCCGCGCAGCGCUGCUCAGAUGCCGGUCACCGGCCGCCGCCGCCGGGAUCCUCAGCUUUGGGAACGUGCUGAAUUACAUGGAUCGAUACACUGUAGUCGGUGUUCUGCUCGACAUCCAGCGGCACUACAACGUAUCUGACAGCGGAAUGGGCUUGUUGCAAACAGUCUUCAUCUGCAGCUUCAUGGUGGCGGCUCCUAUCUUCGGUUACCUGGGCGACCGCUUCAACAGAAAGGUCAUCCUGAGCUGUGGCAUUUUCUUCUGGUCCAUUGUGACUCUGUCGAGCUCCUUCAUCAGCAAAGAGUACUACUGGCUGUUUGUGCUCUCCAGGGGACUGGUGGGCAUCGGUGAGUCCAGCUACUCGUCCAUCUCUCCCACCAUCAUAGGAGACCUGUUCACUAACAACAGCCGCACCAUGAUGCUGUCCGUCUUCUACCUGGCCAUCCCCCUGGGAAGUGGGUUGGGUUACAUCCUGGGUUCCAGCGCCAAGGAGGCUGCAGGAGACUGGCACUGGUCGCUGAGGGUAUCCCCCGUUUUAGGGAUCACCGCGGGAACCCUGAUCCUGCUCUUUGUGCCAGAUCCGAAGAGAGGCAGUGCUGACCCGAUGGGUGGACGCAUCAAGACCCGCACUUCCUGGUUUUGCGACAUGAAGGCACUUGCCAAGAAUCGCAGCUACGUUUUCUCCUCCCUGGCAUCAGCGGCGGUGUCCUUCGCCACAGGUGCAUUUGGUAUGUGGAUCCCAGUGUACCUGGCUAGAGCCCAGGUGGUGCAGAAGACAGCGGAGCCCUGCACAAAAGAGAUCUGCAGCAGCACAGACAGUCUGAUCUUCGGGGCAAUCACCUGUGUGACGGGGCUGCUAGGAGUGGUCAUCGGGGCGGCCACCACACGCCUGUGUCGACAGAAGACAGAACGAGCCGACCCACUCGUAUGUGCCGUCAGCAUGCUGGGCUCGGCCAUCUUCGUCUGCCUCAUCUUUGUGGUGGCUAAGAAGAGCAUCGUAGGAGCUUACGUUUGCAUCUUUAUUGGAGAGACGCUGCUUUUCCUGAACUGGGCAAUAACAGCAGACAUUUUAAUGUUUGUCGUUAUUCCAACCCGGAGGGCAACGGCAGUCGCCUUUCAGAGCUUCACCUCACAUCUCCUGGGUGACGCGGGAAGUCCGUACCUGAUAGGCCUGAUCUCUGACGGCCUCCAGCAGAGCUACGCAACGUCAGCGCUAUGGCAGUUCCUCAGUUUGGGCUAUGCCCUCAUGCUCUGUCCCUUCAUCAUCGUCCUGGGGGGCAUGUUUUUCCUGGCCACUGCCUUGUUUUUCCUGGACGACAGAGAGAAGGCUGAGAAACAGUUGAGCCAGCUGGCACGACCACCCGCCUCAGUCAAGGUAUGACCAGGUGACAACCAAUGAGGAGCAAGAAAACUCGACAAGGAUGACAACAUGGAGAUAAAAAGGGAGGGCGGCUGAUCCAUUCUUUAAACUCCACCCGGGGUCAACUUCCCUGUUAUCACCACCACAACCCUCCUCCUCCUCCUCCUCUUCCUCACUCCCGCUGCUCUUCCUUUUUACAUGCUCACUGAGGCUGCUCAGAACUGGAACGAUGGAGCGUCUUGCUCCUUCUUGAACUGCCUCUAAAUCACAGGCUGGUGAGAACACGCACGGUGGCGUGCUGGUGUGCCGGAGCCACCUGACCAACAGCUGGUGACCUCCUCACCUCUGUCUGUGAUCCACUGAACCUUCCAAGGAGGAGGUGGGGUGGCAACAAAAAAAAAAAAACACGAUCCCCUCCAACUCCUGAUGCCAUACUACUGAAUGCUGAUCAUGAACCUGCCCUGUCUGCCUGCCUGUCUGUCUCUGUAUGUCUGUCUGUUUCAUCGGCUGUCGAUCUGCACCAAGUGCCAUAGCGUCAUUACAUUCCUUCAGACUUUGCACUGACCACCAACAACACUCAUGACUUCAUCACUGUCUAUGUUUACAUGCACACGAUAAUUCAGCUUUUGGCUUAGAGAUUGGUCUGAUCCGGCUGUUAACAGGAACAUCUGCUGUCAUGAAGCUCCUCUGGUGUCCAUGCAGAUUUUCCACAAUUUGUCGUACCCAGACUUUUAACACUUUGAGCUUGAAUAGCUGUAAAAUUCAAGUUACGUGGAGCAAAUGCUGCAACUUCAAAUGAUUCUAAAAGUGUUGCAUGUGUUCAAACACAUACCAGUGUGACUAACAUCACAUCACUCUGCACAUCUUAUCGCAGUAUUAACUUCAAACUUCAACACGCUGUUUACACGAUGGAUGCAGUAUUCUCAUUAUCAAUCAGAAUUUCGCUGUGCAUGUAAACAUGGCCGUCAACCGGGAGCCAAAGAGUGUUACCGUCUAAAGGUCAGUGAAUCGGCCUUAAAAAUCGGAGCUUUCCCAUCUGCAUCUGUUUCCUAUGACCCUCGUAUGUGUGUUCUUAGUUUUUAGCUUUUAGCACUUAAAUCAGCGUAGACAGAGCCACAGGACAUGACAGAGAUAAGAUAUUUCUGCACAUUAUUUUUCAUAAGGUUGCUUGUGAUUUUUUAAUUCUUUUUAUUGUGUGAUGAUGGAUUUUAAACUGGAGGUUAUAGUCUAUGAUUGUUUCAGAAGGAAGCUGAAGCAAUCUAGGCUCUUUUAAGCAGACACUGGAUUAUAUAUUUUUAUCAUUUAUAAUGUUUUUUCCCAAAAGUACAUGACAUGCUACUCUUUUGACUUUUAAGGAGGAACACCUGAGUUUCUGUGUAUAUAGGAAGCUUCUUUUUUUUAAUCCACACUGCCUUAUCAGUGAGCUGGGUUUCCCUUUAUAGAGGGUAGCUCGCUGAUGGUUGGUUUUAAAUUUCUGGACACACACACCCACACAGAGGCCGAGUCACUUUUAAUGACAGAUUCCAGUCCCGUCCAUGCUGGUUACAAUAACAGCCAUUGUUAUAAGAAUCUUUUCCCCCUCGCAAUUGUAGAUAUCCCAUUCCACUAUCAGUAGAAAGGACCUUUGUAAAGAGCUACUCGUUAUUAGAAAUCGAAAUCCCAGACAGGAACAGGAAAUCCUUCAGCUCCAGGUCUGACUGACGGCGGCCACUUAUCACUGAUAAUGGAUAAGUGAGGAAUCUCCCUUUGAAAGCAAAUCCUCAGAUGUCACUGCAGGAGCUGAGUCGACAUAGAGAUUUACAUAGGAAGUACACAAUAGACAGAAAACCUGGAUUUGAUUUUACCACGCUAUGCAUUAAUAAAAAAAGUACCUUACAUGUAAUUAUGCAAAUCAAAUGCAGGAGGAUUACAGCUAGUUUAUUCUCUGUACAAAGGCAAUAGCUUCAUUAGGAUCCUGUUUUUGUGUGUUACCUGGUUAAUACAAUUUUACUGAAACCUUGAAGCCGCUAAUGUAGUCAGAGUUGUUGAAGCGUGUGCAUAAAAGGGCACAAAAAGCACUUUGCUGACCUUCAAGAAGACACGGGAGGAGGAGGAGGGGGGUGGAUUGACCUGAGCGGGGGAAGAAAGGGAGACACCGGGGUGGCUGUUGUAGCGUUGAUGUGCGAGCGUGACUCACUGGCUGUGUGCGGGUGCUGUGUGGGCUGUGUCCUUGUUGCCAGAUCAUUAGCUUUAGCUUCUCUCCAACAUGCUUGGAGCUCUCUGAAUGUGAUUCUGUCCAACCUGAUGUGUUUACACACCUACAUCUUCUUAACGAACUAAGCUUCUUACCUUUUACCGUUUUACUUUUAUUUUUUAAUGUUACCAAAUGAGUUUUUUAAUAACUACAAUAGAGAUGAAUAUAUAUAUAGCUAUAUCACGCAGCAACUUUUAAUAUAUUGUAAAUGAUGGCUUGGAUGCAAUGUAUUUAUUUGUUUGUUACCAUAAUGAAGAAUAAUCUAUAAAGGGAAGUUUAUGGUUUGAGUAUAUUACACUUUGUUAUAUGUCCUUGGGUUUUAGAAAAUGCCUGUUUGUUCAUCCUUUUGUAUCACAACGAAACAACACAAUACCUUUCUGCAUCACUUCCUGUUUACUGUGAUAAUAAAUUGGACAUCUCACACCUUUUUCCUCACCGAGACAACUAAAGAAAUGCAAUGUGAUAGGUUGAAGACGACAUAUUGGUGUCAUUGUUAGGGUGCAGUACUGUUGCAUUCAUUUUUGUAGCUCAUGUAUGUGUUUUUUUUUUCAAGUCAUUUUGCACACUUAAUGUUCAGGGAUUAAUUUGAACCAUAGGCUGGCAUCUACUUCUGUCACGUCAUGCUCACAGUAAGGAAGUGCUGACAUGUUGUCAUCUCAUCAGAAGGAGCGUUGGCUCUGGUCAGAUGUGUCAUGAAUUGCGUUUCACUUUUGCCAAAUUUAGUUGAUUUAGCACCAAUCCUCUAGGAGUAGAAAUCCAUUGUGUCGAGUAAUUCUGUGUUAAUAAUCACUGAAGUGAUGUUUUGAGAAUAUGCUACUUCUUGUCAUACAAGAAUCGUGUAAAAAGAGACCUAUUUCUGAUGUUGAACAGAAAACAGAGGUUAUUUUUAUUUUUAGAGCAAGUCAAUACAGGGGAGGUUGCGGAGAAAUCAAAGGAUGUUAUUCUAGAACUGAACUGUGAUGCUCCCUCCGGGGGGUUGAUAGAAAAUGUACAUGUCUGUAAAUCAAAUAAACCUAUUUAAUCACUU